CGCCCCGCAGCCGCCGCCGGCGCACCAUGAAGCGGCAGAACGUGCGGACGCUGGCGCUGAUCGUCUGCACCUUCAGCUACCUGCUGGUGGGCGCCGCCGUCUUCGACGCGCUCGAGUCCGAGGCGGAGACGGCGGAGAGGCGGCGGCUGGAGGCCAAGAGCGACGAGCUCAAGAGAAAGUACAACCUGAGCGCCGAGAGCUACGGCGAGCUCGAGCGGGUCGUGCUCAAGCUCAAGCCGCACAAGGCCGGCGUCCAGUGGAAAUUCGCCGGCUCCUUCUACUUCGCCAUCACCGUCAUCACCACCAUAGGCUACGGGCACGCGGCGCCCAGCACGGACAGCGGGAAGGUUUUCUGCAUGCUCUACGCGCUGCUGGGCAUCCCCCUGACCCUGGUGAUGUUCCAGAGCCUGGGCGAGCGCAUCAACACCCUGGUGCGCUCGCUGCUGCGCCGCCUCAAGAAGCGCCUGGGCAUGCGGCGGCCGGAGGUGUCCAUGGCCAACAUGGUGACCAUCGGCUUCUUCUCGUGCGUCAGCACGCUCUGCAUCGGCGCCGCCGCCUUCUCGCACUACGAGAACUGGAGCUUCUUCCAGGCCUACUACUACUGCUUCAUCACGCUGACCACCAUCGGCUUCGGCGACUACGUGGCGCUGCAGAAGGACGAGGCGCUGCAGACGCAGCCGCAGUACGUGGCCUUCAGCUUCGUCUACAUCCUCACGGGGCUGACGGUCAUCGGCGCCUUCCUCAACCUGGUGGUGCUGCGCUUCAUGACCAUGAACGCCGAGGACGAGCGCCGCGACGCCGAGCAGCGGGCGCUGCUCAGCAGGGGGGCUCGCUCCGGAGCCGUGGCCGCCGUCCCCGAGGCCUCCGCGGUGGCCCCGGCCGAGAGCGGCUUCCGGAACGUCUACGCCGAGGUGCUGCACUUCCAGUCGGUGUGCUCGUGCCUGUGGUACAAGAGCCGCGAGAAGCUGCAGUAUUCCAUCCCCAUGAUCAUUCCCAGGGAUUUGUCCAGCUCGGACACGGGCGUGGAGCGCAGCCACUCCUCGCCCGCCCGCUGUCCCGAGACUCCGGAGCACCGGUGCUUCUGCCGCUCCCGGCGCUCCGCCAUCAGCUCCGUGUCCACCGGGCUCCAGAGCCUGGCGGCGUUCCCGGGAUUCGCCAAGCGCCGCAGCUCCGUGUAGCCCCCUCACGCCCCCCAGCCUGGAUCACUCC